UAUACAAAUCAAAUAAAAUUAAAAAUAUAUAACAAAAAAACCCACGAAGAGUUGCUCAAAUUUUUUUUUACGCUUCCAAAAUGGAAGGAGUCGUGCUUUUUGAGCAAGUGAAAUCGCUAGAUAUGAUGCGCGACUUUAUCCAGGCGUCGUGCUACUCCCACACAAAAACCCACCUCUGUUAUCCAAUUCGAACCCAGAAAAAAAUCAAUCAACAAUGCUUCUAACAUCCCAAUUCAAAUCCCUCUCCCUCACCACCCCCUUCCUCCAUGCCCCCUUGAGGCCCGCCGCCGCCGCCGCCGCUCCACCUCCCGCGGCGGCGCGCCCCGUGAUCAAGGCAAUGAGGACGCUGCAAGGCAGAGUGGUGUGCGCCGCCAGCGACAAGACGGUGGCCGUGGAGGUGACGCGCCUGGCCCCACACCCAAAGUACAAGCGGCGCGUGAGGAAGAAGAAGAAAUACCAGGCCCACGACCCCUUGAACCAGUUCAAAGUCGGCGACGUCGUCCAGCUCGAGAAGGGCCGCCCCGUCAGCAAGAACAAGACCUUCUGGGCUGUCCCUGUCCCCCCCCGCCCCGCCCCCAAGUCCAAGGACGACGCGCCGCCGCAGGGCCUCGGGAUUCCUUUGGAAUCCGAGUUGAACCAAGUUUGAAAUUUGUUUUUUAAAUUGUAAGAAUUUUUUGUUUUUUGAGGCUGCGAGGAAUCUAAUUGCUGUAUUUGGAAAUUAUAUCUUCUGUUAAUGUAGUGUGGUUUUCAGUGUUUGUUA